CGGAGGGAGACGGGCAUUUGGUUUGGGGUCUGCUUUUGGGAUGGAGUGUGAGAUCAUCAGGAUCGAUCUGACGCUUGUCUGCCUCCCUUCACCUCUCUCUCUCUCUGUCCAAGACUGGCAUCGACAGCUUGGGUUCUUCUUUCAAACAAUAGGCUCAGGCCCACACUCGAGCAUCGUUCAUCCGUCCUUCUCUUCCAAGUUCCAACUAAAACAUAAACCCUCCCUUUCCCCUUCCAGUCCUCUUCCAUGUACCCUGGAGGCCGUUGCACAGCUCCUGUGCUUUGAUUUUCUCCUCUUCUUGGAUACUACAUUGUGAUGACCGAGAUCUAAUCCGUCUCUCUCUCGCUCUCACCUGUGCUCUUCGCCUUGCCUAAUAGAGAAACCAGUGGAUGGUGGUGGUUUAAGGUUUUAGAGCUGAGGUGGUGGUUUUUGGUGAAGGAAGCAUGUGCCUUGGAUGGCCAAAGAAUUUGGAAGCAGGAGGAGCAAGACGAGGCCAAGCAUCAGCACCACCAGCAAGAGGAGAGGAGUUACGCGCUAAUUAGGCAACAAACACAGCGCAAGUUCAGUAACAUUGGUUGGUAAGAUAAUCAGAAACUGGAAGAGGGAGGUGGGAAGGAGGAGAAGGAUCUGGAUCCGAGGAGAACUCUUUAUCUUCAAAUUCCUGCAGAGGCAAACGAAAGCGAAAGAGGAGAUUCGGGAGAGCAACAGGAAUUCCAGAAAGAAGAAGAAGAAGAAGAAGUUGCUAGGUCGCUUGGCGGCUUCCAACUCCACCAAUUCCACUUCGAUAAACAAGGUUCUUCUUUUUGGGGGUCGUCUUCUUCUUUAGCUGCUGCCACGGCUUCCUCCUCCGAGUAUGCGCUCCUUCCUGAGCGGAUGGGGGAGGGUGACGCCGUCGGCUACGGCCAGCUCUCCUUCCUCCGCCACCAGCCGCCGCGGCUGCCGCAGACGCCGUCGAGGUAUGGAAGCAGGGAGAAGGGUGCUGCGGUGGGGGAAAUCGUGGAGGUGCACGGGGGCCAUAUUGUGCGCUCCACAGGACGCAAGGACCGCCACAGCAAGGUGUGCACCGCCAAGGGCCCCCGCGACCGCCGUGUGCGCCUCUCCGCCCAUACGGCCAUCCAGUUCUACGACGUGCAGGACCGCCUCGGCUACGACCGCCCCAGCAAGGCCGUCGAUUGGCUCAUCAAGAACGCCAAGGCCGCCAUCGACGAGCUCGCCGAGCUGCCGCCCUGGAUCCCAACCGCUACUGUUGCCGCCGCCUCCUCUCACCGGCAUAUCCUUCCCCAGACAUCUUCAGAUCAGCCCCUCGGCACUGAGCACCCCGUCGACGCUGCUACUGCUUUAUACUUCACCAGGGACGGCGGUGGAGGAGAAAAUGUAAGUGCCAGUUUUCUGCCGCCAUCCAUGGACACUGACUCCAUUGCGGACACAAUCAAAUCCUUCUUCCCGACAGCUGCAACUCCCGCGGCCACCUCGCCGUCUUCUAGCCCUUCCAUCGGCUUCCAAGCCUACUCUUCGGAUCUCCCUUCGCGAGCUGACGGUCAAAUCAAGGACCUCCGCCUCUCCCUCCAGUCUUUCCAAGAUCCGAUUCUUCACAAUCCAGAACCCGCCCAUCACCACGUCCAAUUCCAUCAGAGCUCAGCUCCGCCCACCCACAGUAGUCAUUUCCCGCCCUCCGCCCAAUUCGCCUUCGACGCUGCAGUCUCCGCCGGCUGGGCCGAACAGAGCCAGCGCAUUGUUCCAUGGAAUCUGAUGGAGACGAGCGGCGGCGGUCCUGGAUAUGUUUUCAGCUUUCCGCCGCCACUGGCCGUGCCGCUGCACUCUGUGUUCGGCCAAACCCAACUUUUUUCUCAGAGGGGACCCCUUCAGUCCAGCAACGCCCCCACUGUCCGCGCCUGGGGCAGCCCUGUCGAUGCCGCCACCCAUCACCAGAUGCAACCUCCGUCGAUGUCCUCCAUUGGAUUUGCACCCGGUGCCGGCUUCUCAGGGUUCCGGAUCCCGGCGCGGUUUCAGGGCGAAGAGGAGCACGACGGCGUCGCAGACAAGCCGCCGCCCUCUGCUUCCUCUAAUUCUCGCAAUUGACACACAGAGCAGUAAGAAGAGGAAUCGCGAUCACCAAUCUCCACACCUCCAUGGUAAAUUCCUCAUUUCGAUCGACCAUUUCCUAUUAUUCUAAUUAAGAGAUUUUAACCUUCUUCUUCACAGUGACUGGAUUCCAUUGCUUCAAUUUUGGAGGUUCCUCUCUUCUCUCCGUCAUUUUCUUCUCUAUCGUUGUUGUAUGAGUCUUAAAAAACCUACUCUUUUGUGUUGUCGUGUUUAAUUUUCAGCUCGCGUGUUUUGUUUCUGUUGUGUAGAUUGCUUAUUGUGGUUUCUUGAGUGAGUUGUGUUUUGAUUCUGGCUUUGCCAAAAGAGAGCACAAGUGAAGUGUUAUAUCUGGAAAUGUCUUCGUAGAUUUGCGGUUGUCUCUCUUACGGUUUCAGGAAUAAAAUCUAAAGAUGUCCGUUCGGAUUUAGAUAA